CAGCAGCAGGGGGCGGUACAUUCCCAACGAAGCAGCCACCAAAAUAUUACGUAUGCUGCCUUUUGUGUGUCUUGUGAGGCUUUUGACACCGCCCCUCCUGAGGGUGCAGUGGGACUGUCAGGAGCCAGCUAUCGGUUUGGUCUGCGGGGUGUAAACAAAUGUGUACAACCCCGCUAUGUACGGAAAAGAUUUCUGUAGGAGCAGCCGUCCGCGCCACCGUUGCUAACGUCCACCAUGUAGAGCGAUGAUUGCGUUUAACAGUACGGAAACGAUACGACGAUUGAUUCCUGAUUCUAGUUAGACCCGUCAGCGCUUUGGCCGGUGGCAUCACGGGUAUUUUUCAUGCUGUGAUUAUGAUAAUGGUCGCCGGGUGAAUUGUACAUCAAGCUAACGCUCGCUAACGGUUAGCAGUCCGUAUGACUGGUAUCGCACAGACCAGCACGAGUUAGCUAAAACGCUACCCAUUUCGGAGAUACACGAACAUGGCAUCGCCCGCAGAGCACGACCUGGCUCUGUCUGAAGCGGACACCAGCAAGGAGAAAGCUCAGGUGUUUGGAAUUUUGAGACUGCAGGAGGAGAAAUCUGGUGCUGGGGAUAAAGCUAACAACAGCAGCACAGUGAGAGGAGGUAGUAGUGGUGGUGGUGGUGGAGGAGACGGGCGAUGGCAGGCUCCUAUCUUCGCUUUGGCCAGGAAAGCAUCCGAGACCAUUUCAGGGAGCAUUCAUGUCCUGCCCAAAGUGUCGGACCACAGGGCGUCUUUGCCCGGGGACUGGGCUGUCCAAGCCCUGCGAGACCCCAUGGCCAUGGAGCGAGCCAACUUGCUGAACAUGGCCAAGCUGAGUAUCAAAGGGCUGAUCGAGUCAGCUCUGAGCUUUGGGCGAACAUUGGACUCAGACUACCCACCCCUCCAGCAGUUCUUUGUUGUCAUGGAGCACUGCCUCAAACAUGGCCUCAGAGUGAAGAAGUCCUUUCUAGGCUUUAACAAGUCCCUAUGGGGUCCUCUGGAGCUGGUGGAGAAGCUGUGUCCUGAAGCAGCAGAGAUCUCAGCCUCUGUACGAGACCUGCCUGGUCUUAAAACUCCAUUAGGCAGGGCCAGAGCUUGGUUGCGCCUGGCUCUCAUGCAGAAACGGCUGGCCGACUACCUACGACUCCUCAUCACCAGAAAAGACCUGCUCAGUGAUUUCUAUGAGAAUUCAGCACUGAUGCUGGAGGAGGAGGGGGCAGUGAUCGUGGGUUUGCUGGUGGGCCUGAAUGUCAUCGAUGCUAACCUGUGUGUCAAAGGCGAGGACCUGGACUCUCAGGUCGGAGUGAUUGACUUCUCCAUGUACUUGAAGAAUGACAUUGAUGAUUACAGGAGUGAAGAGAGGAAUACCCAGAUAGCAUCCAUCUUGGACCAGAAAAACUACGUUGAGGAACUGAACCGGCAACUCAACUCCACAGUUCAUGGUCUUCAGGGCAGAGUGGACUCUCUAGAGAAAUCCAACUCUAAACUCAUAGAGGAGUUAGCCAUUGCCAAGAACAACAUCAUAAAACUCCAGGAAGAAAACCAGCAGCUGAGAAAUGAAAACAGCCUUAUUCUGCUGAAGGCACAACAACAUUUAGAGGUCACCCAAGGGGAUGUGUCAGUGGAGAGAGAUACAUACAAACAGUCGCGUCAGGGUUUGGAUGAAAUGUACAAUGAGGCUCGGAGGCAACUGAAGGAGGAGUGUCAGCUCAGACAGGAUGUGGAGAAUGAGUUGGUAGUCCAGGUGUCGAUGAAACAGGAAAUGGAGCUGGCCAUGAAACUUCUUGAGAAAGACAUUCAUGAAAAGCAGGACACACUAAUCGGAUUGAGACAUCAGCUGGAUGAAGUCAAAGCCAUCAAUGUAGAAAUGUACCAGAAGAUGCAGUCAUCUGAUGAUGAGAUGAAGAAGAAGAACAAUAUGAUCAGUCGUCUGGAGGAGAAGACCAAUCAGAUCACUGCCACCAUGAAGCAGCUGGAGCAAAGAUUACAGGAGGCAGAGAGGAACCGGACCUUCGCCGAGGAGGGAACCAGACGUUUCAAGCUGGACUUUGCCAACAAGGCUGACAGCCUGCAGCGUCAGAUCGAGCACAAAGAAAGGCAACUCCAGCAGUUGGAGACGGACCUGAAGAUAGAGAGGGAGUGGCGACAGACAUUACAAAGUGAUCUAGACAGAGAGAGAGACACAGUGGCUCAGCUCAGCACAGAGGCCCUGCAGAUUAAUGGACUAAAAAAGGAGUUCCAUCGUCUCCAGGAUGAAAACAUUCAGCUGAAGAACAUCUGUGAAGACCAAGAACAAGCUCUGGAAGAACUAGGUUCCAAACUAAGCGAAUCCAAAAUGAAGAUUGAAGACAUCAAAGAAGCCAAUAAAGCUCUUCAGGGCGGUCAGGUUUGGCUGAAGGACAAGGAAGCCAGCCACUGCAAGCUGUGUGAGAAAGAGUUCUCAAUUUCAAGACGAAAGCAUCACUGUAGGAACUGUGGGGAAAUCUUCUGUAACAGCUGCUCUGACAAUGAGCUCCCUCUGCCCGCCUCACCAAAACCGGUCAGGGUCUGUGACACCUGCCAUGCCCUCCUCCUCCAGCGAUGCUCCUCCAAUCCGACGUGAAGGAACCCCACACUGCUGUCAUGACUGCUUCAAACAAUCUGAGCUCAGACUCGUUGAUGCCCACCCUCCUGUCCUCCGUAAGACCCAUCUCUCAACUCAUCUCAACACACCGUUUGCUGCUAGAAGUGGACCACAUGCAUGAACAUAUAGUGCAUUUGAUAUAUCUUAAUUUACUUAAUUUAAAAAUUCCCUAACAGAUAAAAUGAGGAAUAUCCACAUCAUUGUGACAUGUUUUUGUUUUACAUCACUACUUGCUGCCCUGCAGUAUAAAACACCUAAAAAAAAAAAUUCUCCUGUGAUCGGACACAGAAGAGAAAGCAAUCAGUCCACUAUAAUGUGGCCAAAAUUUCUCACUUAGUGGAGUGAGAAUCUUUGGUCUGCUUUAAUAUUUUGUGGGCAGUCAAAUUAUCUGUCUUAAACAUACAUCAGUUGUAUGAAUGAAGCCAUUCAUUUACAGUCAGUUUACAGUUAUGCAAAGUGGGACUCUCUUUCGAGUUCCCUUGUGGUGAGUCCAAGUGUUGGGCUGACAAGGCUUAGACAGCCCUGCUGCUGUGUUGCCUGCUCACACUGACGCUGAUCAUUAGGGUCAGAUUUUGUUUUUUUUUGAAGUUUAGAGGAAGUUAGGAGAGAGAUGUUAUGAAAAGAGGAAAAACUUCUGAAACUGAAAGUGAAACUGACGAGCACUGCUGCAGUUAAAUGCAGAUAUUUUCAUGAACCUCCAUCUCAUCUAGUAUUGCAUCAUUAUAAUGUAUUUAUCAAGCCUCAAACUGUAUACAGUGAGUGUUUAGCCAAACAUAUAUAAUUUAUACAUGCAGUAUAGUGGCCUUGUUACUAUUGUUUGUCACUCCAUUUGAGGUGGAGUGAAAUGCACACAAAGUCUAAAGCAGCAUUUACACAGGCACUAAAGAUCAGGUCAACCUGACAGGUUCAACUCAAUUUUACGAGGUACUAAACUAAAAAUAUAUAAACUGUAUAUUUCUGUUGGGUUGGCUGUGAGCACAAUGUGCCCCGAAGUAAAUCUGGUCUCACUUUUUAUGUUGCUGUUUUAACUACUGUAAUUUCACAGGAGCAACAUGAAAAUAUUUUGCACCUGCCAUCAUUUGUUCCGACAGAGGAAUUGGUACAGAAUGAAAAAGGCCUGCUGGUCAGCUCUGUCCUCACAAUAUUUGAUGUGCAAUGAGACAAAGACUUUACUCCAAACUAUUUCCAGGAACGUUCACUGACAUUGCUGUGCUGUGACUAGACUAGUUCCUCGUGGGGCUGGGGCUUUCAAAGGAACCGAAAGUCUGUUGGUCACCAUUUGUGCCUGUGUAAAUGCAAUGGAUAUUACCUACUUGUGCUUCUCUUGUUGCCAAAAUGAGCCCUUUAUUUCUACAGAGAGGAUUUCUGUAUAGAGAAUCUGAAUUGAAGUAUUUCAACGUAGCAACACUAGCUGAUACUAGCCAAGACAACAACCCCUGGGGUGAUGGCACAUUUCACUGUUGGAAACAAUAAUGCAGUGGAUGCUGCUGAAAGCACCAAGGAGGGCAACAGAUUCUGUCACCUGACUGAUUUCACUCAGGGUCGGUCGGCCUAACUGCCUCUUUUGUUGAUGAACCACUGAUGGUUAGCUGGCAGCAUGACCACGUCAUGGACUGGUUAGAAGUUAAGAUCAGACAGGUGUUACACACUUGCCAAUUCCAUAUUGCCUAGUCACAUUGAGAGUAUUUAUAUCUGAUUUUGUGCUACGUGCACAGUAGUUUUUACAUUUAGAAGUCUGUGGAAGCUGUUGGAAGUUUCCCCUGCAGUUAACUGUAAUCUGUGCAGAUGGAUAAAUCAUUGAAAGUCCACAUUUCUUGCUGCUCCAUUCCUGAGAGAGAAACUUAGAAACUUUUAACCAUUUUUUUUGAAAAUCAAGAUUGAAAUGUGUUUGUGUGGCAAACUAAUGCUGAUGACUGUAACAGACGCUGUCUUCAGUGAUGGCUUAUGAUACGAGUUCCACUGCACAUUCUGGUUUUGUACUUGUAUACAAAGUUUACAACCUGUGACUUUUCAAGAACUGAAGUAUUCAUUCCCAUGAAGAGACAAGAAAGGUCUGGGUGCAGUACAAGAAGUGUUUCUCUUUUGUCUCAGCUAUUGAAAAACUUUUCAAUUCAUCAUAUCAUUGUUAAGCACUAUCAGCAAAUGUGUCUGAACUGCACACAGGCCUGAAACAUUUUUGUACAGUGUUGCUCUUGUAAAUCUCCCAGCUUUCAAUGGGACUUGUACAGUGUUGAUACCACCGGAUCUUGUACAUACAUAAUGUUGAUGAUCACUGUGGCCCUUUAGCUUACCAAGUCCUGCCAGUUUAAUAUUAACUCUUUUGCCAACAAUAUGUUGCCUUUACUGUGUAGCAGUUUCUGAUUAAAAGUUAAGACAGAA